CUUGCGUGGAAUAGAGAAAUCUUGAGUUCUGUCGCUGUCUUUUGACCGUAGUUGGCAUCGUUUUGUUGUGAUCCUAAAUAGUCCUGCUCACUAAAUGGGAACAGCCGACCAAGCAGCCCUUCUUCUGAAGAGACAAUUAAUGGAGCUACAAAAGAAGCCAGUUGAGGGGUUUUCUGCUGGCUUAUUUGACGAUGAGGACUUAUAUAAGUGGGAAAUUAUGGUAGUAGGCCCUCCCGGAACAUACUAUGAGGAAGGGUAUUUUAAAGCCAGCAUGGUUUUUCCGAAAGAGUACCCUCAGAGACCGCCAACUCUGACGUUCAUUUCUGAUAUUUGGCAUCCAAACGUCCAUAAGAAUGGUGAGGUCUGCAUUUCAAUUCUGCAUGAGCCUGGAGAAGAUAAGUAUGGGUAUGAGAAAGCUGAUGAGCGCUGGCGUCCAAUACACACGGUGGAGACAAUUAUGCUGAGUGUGAUUUCUAUGCUGGCCGAGCCAAAUGACGAGUCACCGGCUAAUGUUGAUGCUGCUAAAGAGUGGCGGGAAGAGUAUACCACAACGUUUAAGAAGAAAGUGAAGGCCUGUGUACGUAAAAGUCAAGAUUUUUGAUAUUGUGCUGUGCACUGAUGUUAAUAUAGUAUGCUGCAAAGAUAAUGUACAGGUAUUAUUUAGAAUUUGGCAAGAUAUGAAAACGCAUAAUUCGCAUUGCAGUGUCACCUUUCAACAAUGCCCAUCUUAAAAAUUCAGCAUUUUGUAAUUAUUCUUGUGUGUUGGAUAAUAUAAAUCACAUGUAAAUACAAAAACACAAAGCUUCUAUUAUUGACUUAAGCUUUGAGUCUGUUGAUGCCCUAACAUUGCUUUUAUACAACGACAAAAGAAACUGCCCAUUUAGAUUCUUUCUUGCCAAACCAACAGGCUGUAUGCAGUGAUAAAUGGUGCCUAUUUUGCUACAAAAUUGAUGUUGAUAUUCAAUGUUAUUUUCUAAAAAUUAACUGGAAAACAAUGCUUUAAAAUUGUUUUUGGUCUUAUCCAUGUAAUUUGUCAUGGGAAACAUUUUUUUGGAAAAGGGUAUUCCCAAAAACACAAGCUUAUGUGGUAGUGUGUAACUUAGGUGUCCUACAGUGGAAUGUACAUACAUCAACAGUCACCAAUAAAACUCCAUUAAUAAA